AUGCGUUCCGGUUUUAAAGAUUUCCCGACACCGAAAGGUAUUCCUAGCUCCAAUAAACUGCUUGUUCCCGUUCCUGGUACGAAACGUCGCCGUUUCGAAGAAAAUAUUCAUUCCACACCCCGUCGCCCACCCCCUUCACGCAUCUGUGCUCAAGGGACCAACUCUGAUCAUGCCAAUAUCGCUUCCAUCGCAUCGCAGAGCGCUGAAUCAGUUCCAACUUUCUCGCUGUACCUUGCUGGAGUCCACCCAAGUGUUUCUGAUGAGAGGGUUCUCGAUAUGAUUCGCAGCAAUCUUGGUGACAACGAAAUCAAAAUAAGAAAGCUCGUACCAAGGGUAACAGAAGCGGUCAACCCAGAUCCUGUGGAACGACUGAUCCUUGAACCCGUUACUUCAAAUUCCAAUACUCCACCGAUAAGAACUGAACUCCGUAGCAUUUCCCUUUACUACCAGAAUGCAGGUGGUAUGCGCACCAAAACAACCGCUUUCUACAACGCGCUGUCUGCUAGUGACCAUGAUUGCAUUUUAAUCUCAGAAACUUGGUUGAACGACAAAUUUCAAAACUGCGAACUUUCUUCGAACUAUAGUAUAUAUCGCUGCGAUCGUAGUGCUGAGACGAGCACGGCUCAAAGAGGUGGAGGUGUCCUGAUUGCUGUUAAAAAGGAGUUGAAUGCAAUCCCAAUAACUUUAGAAGGUUGUGAACACCUUGAGCAAACUAUUGUCAGAAUCAGAACCGAUCCGGGAUAUUUGUACCUGUGUUGCAUAUAUCUUCGGCCUAACAGCUGCCUUCGCAACUACGAAACACAUUUUGCCGCAGUACAACGAAUAAUGAAUCUGGCCACCGCACUGGACUCUGUCAUCGUUGUUGGCGAUUACAAUCUCCCACAACUGCAAUGGAUCUUUGAUCAUGACUUAAAUAGCUACCUGCCGACAAACGCCUCCACUGAAGCCGAAAUUUCUCUAACUGAAAUGCUUUUUUCCGCCGGCUUGCAUCAAAUAUGCUCCAUACCAAACUGCAGUAUGCGCCUGUUGGACCUUGCUUUCUGCAAUGAUCCUGGCAAUGUGAUCAUGUUCGAAUCUCCGGUCUCGAUUAUCCCUACCGACCGUCAUCACAAGCCGUACGUAUUAUGCGUGGAAGUUCACUCCAAUUCUUCGCCGACCGAUUGCACAGGAAGAUUCGACUUCGUCUUAGACUACAGUAAAUGUAACUUCGACCUGAUUGCUGCUGCGUUUGACUCCACAGACUGGGAAUUCAUCGGUGCUAACGACAACGUCAAUGUUGCAGUCGAUGCAUUCUACAGAAAACUCCACUCCGUUUUGAAACAAUACGUUCCUGUGAAGAGCUCUCCGAGACCCCAGCCAUUUAAACACGCAUGGUGGAACUCUGAUCUCAGACGAUUACGGAACCAGCUUCGUGAGGCCCGCAAGUGUUAUACUAAGAAUCGUACCGAAGAUCAAAGACGCCGUUUGAGGUCUUUGGAACGAGAUUUUAAAGAACUGAACGACAAUCUUUAUCGUCAACACAUCAGUCGCCUUCAACAGAACCUGAAACGCGAUCCUUCGUCGUUUUGGAAACACUUCAAAAGCAAGCGAAGACAUGCAACUAUUCCUGUGGACAUCAGUUUUAAUGGCGUAGCUGCAAGUAACUUGACGGAAUCUACGAAUAUGUUUGCUGACUUUUUUCAAAGCGUUUUUAGUUCCGCCGACUAUGAAACAGAUAGCAACUAUCUAGCCUCUAUGCAAUCUCACGACGUCAACUUACCUAUGCCAUCCCUCACUGAACAGGAAGUUUUCGAAAGAUUAUCGACAGUCGACCCAUCUAAAGGUACUGGACCAGACGAUAUACCUCCAUCAAGAAAGGACAUUUCCUAA